AUGAAAUUAGAAGACAUAAUAUUUGAAGAAAAUGCAAGUGCAAUAUCCAAGAAGAAUAUAAAUACACCAUUUAAAGAAGAACUUCAUAAGAAAAAAAUCACGAUCAAAAAAAAAAAACAAAUCGAAAUUCCUAACCAAUCACGAUCAACAUGCUUAUCAUAUGAUUUUCCUUCGCUUUAG